AUGAUUAGUCUUACCACUGAGGAAGCUGUGGAAAAAGUGUCAUGCGCAGAGGAAACCCCUGUAUAUUGCCUUUAUUUACUUGACCAAGGCCUUCAACCCAGUCAUCAGGAAGGCCCUAUCCAGCAAUCUCUUGCAGAGGAUUGGAUGCCCCCACAACGGAAGCUUCAAAGGAUGACAGCGUUUUCCAUGAAGGAACCGUCCAGUACGAAGGUGCGGUCUUGCUCCUUCAGCUACUCAGUAGAUGGUGUGUACCUUCACACCAGAAGUGGCGGAAACCUCUUCAACCUUGCACGCCUCCAAGUAAAGACCAAGGUUCGGAAAGUACAGAUAAGCGAAAUGCUAUUUGCCAACGACGCCGUCCUCACCGCACAUACUGAGGGUGCUUUAAAGCGAUUCAUGCAAAUUUGGUCUCAGCAUCAGUCACUUCACUUACCUAGGCUCCACCAUCUCCAGGCUCCACCAUCUCCAGCAACCUAUCCCUACACAGCGAGCUGA